AUGACUGCGCGCGCGGUGAAGCGCCGCUCAAGCGCGGCCGAGAGCGCCGGGACCGAGGACGAGCACGCAGCAGCGGCAGCAGCAGCGUCGAUGUCGAUGUCGAUGUCACCACCAGCAGCAGGUGACGGCGGAUUGGGACCGCCACGAAAGCGCAAGCGGCGGGUGGUCUCAUGCGCCGAAUGUCACCGGCGAAAGCAGAAGUGUGACCGCAACCAGCCGUGCCGGGCGUGCGUAGACCGCAAGAUGGAGACGAGCUGUCACUACGAGACGACGGCAAUGUCGCACGAGCGCCACCACAUGCGCGUAAUUGAGGCGGCCACGUACGGCCGCUCACUGCAGGAAGGAGGCAGCCUUCCGGUCAAGGCAGCCGGCUUCGGCUAUGCCCACACGGCCGACAACACGCUCGGCUUCCUGCGCAAGAUCGACGGCCACGGACACGGACGUCGGAGCGGCAGUGGCAGCGGCAGCGGCAGUGGCAGCAUUGGAAGCCUGGACGGCCUGGACGGCCUUGUCAGCAUCAGCGGCAUCGGCAGCAUUGGCGGCAUUGGUGGCAUCGACAGCCGAGGCAGCGACCUCGAUCGGCUCUCGGGCCUGAUCGAGGACGGCGGCGGUGGCAUCGUGACGACGACGACAGCCGAGGCAGCCGCUCUGGCUGAACAGCAGUAUCUGCAGUCACAACAGCCGCAGGAACAGGCCCUCAGCCAGCCUCACGCUCAUCCGCACAAUCACAACCACAGUCACUCCCAGACUGGCGACCCCUACGCCGUAACAGACCGGUAUCGGUCGCUCAUCCGCGAGCUGCCCCCCCGACAGUACAUCGACCGGCUCGUGGAGGUGUAUUUUCACGAUUUCAACUGGCACUACUACGCACUCGACGAGGACGUCUUUCUCCAGCGGCUGGCCGACUGGAGCGACGGAGCAACAGGUCCGUUCGGCACGCUGCAGCCGCCACACCAGCUGUCGGCCGACCUGCGGGCGUUCCCGGCCCUGCUCUUCCAGGUGCUGGCCGUCGGGCUGCUGGUGCUGCCAGCCGACGACCCGGACGGCUUCUUCGACCCGAUCAAGCACCCCGGCAACACGACGCUGGACAGCCUGGCGAUGGACUACAGCGAGGCGGGCAACGCAAUCCUAGCACUGCUGGGCAAGCGGCAGAUGUCACUGACGACGGUGAUGGCAGCCUUUCUGCGGGCCGCCUUCCUCAAGUACGUGGCCCUGAUCACGGAGGCAUGGCACGCGAUCGGGAGCGCCAUCCGGGACGCACAGGAGAUUGGGCUGCACCGCACCAGCCUGGACCCAAAGCCAUGGACACAGACGGCCGAGGCAGUGCUGGCGAACGAGUGGGAGAUCCAGAGCCGACGACGGACGUGGAUGACGCUGGUCAGCUGGGACGUGCACAUGGGCGUGGUGCUGGGACGGCCGACGACGGUGGACCUGUCGGACAGACCGGUGCUGCCGGUGGACUGCGUGCUGCCAACAUCACAGGCAGAGCGGGCAACGAUGCCGGUGCAGCCACGCGGUGAGGACGACGCGCCGACGCCGCUGACACGAGCCAUCUGGGCCUUCCAGGCGAUCGAGCCGCUGCGGGCGAUCCUGGCACUGGAAAAAGACGGCCCAGUGCCACGUGACUUUGGGGCCGUGGACGCGCUGCACGACGAGCUCGUGCAGUUGCAGGCGGCCAUGCCGCCGUACUUCCGGCUCGAGAACCCGGACCGACGCUUUGACGGGCUGCCCGAGUGCCACUGGCUGCCGGCCGUGCGCGUGGCCCUGCCGCAGGUGACCGUAUUCAACCUGAUCGCGCUGCACCGCCACUACGUCUUCACGCGGGCCCGCAGUCGGACCGAGGGCCUGCACGCCUGUCUGGCCAUGCUGCAGGUCCAGCGCGUGCACUUUGCCACGCUGCGGCCGCAACAAUACCGCAUGUUCUCGCUCUUCUUCGGCACCUUCGACUCGCUGGUCCUGCUGGCCUCCAUCUACAUCCUCUUCCCACGCGAGCACCCAGAACUAAUCCCAGCCACCAUCCAGCACUUCCGCUGGUCCGUCGAGCGCUUCGAGCUGAUGGCCGACCACUUCAGCCUGGCUCGCUCGGCCCUCGGCGUCCUGCAGGCCAUCUACCUGCGGCUGCGCAAGACGCUAGGGAUCCGCUUUCUAGAAGGCGGCGGCAGCAGCAGCUGCAGCGCACCAAACGGUGGCAGCGCAGCCGACAUGACAAAUGGCAGCAACAGCAACAAUGCCACGUCUAUCGACCUGCUGACGCUCAGCAACAUCGAUCCCAGCCUCCAGGACGAGGGGACGCCGCUGCUGGGCGGAACGGCGGCCAUGACCAGGGAAGACGUCGUCACCGGCCCCUCGCCCUCGGCUUCUUCAUCGUCUAGCAGCGAGCCGACGCCCGGUGCGUUCUCGUCGGUCUCGGGUCCGUCCAGCGCGGCCAGCGUGGCCACGGACGUGUUUGGCGCAGCCAUGGCGGCCGCCGAAGCAGCAGCAGCACCACCACCACAACCACAAACGCUCCUGGAUCCAGCACUACAAGACACAGCCAUCGCAGACAGCAGCACGCUCGCGCCCUUUGACCUGGACACGAUCUUCCCCGACGGCUUCGACUGGACGUCGUUCCAGCCGAUCUGCCCGACCGGCGACCUGACAUACAACAUCCUGAUGGGCGUCAGCGAUGGCACGACCGCCAUGCCGACGUGGGCAGGGUCUCUGGGCGGCGAGAACGGCCAGAACGUCGUUUCGGUGGAGCCAGCGGGUGUCGGGGGCGAUGGCGAUGGCGAUGGCGAUGGCGAUGGCGAUGGCGAUGGCGAUGGCGAUGGCGAUGGCGGUGGCGGCGGUGAUGAUCUAGAAGCAGCGGCGGCGGCGGCGGCAACAUCCAUUGACGGGACAGCAGUGCCGUGGCAGUUUGAGGGCGACUUUGCGAGCAAUAGCAUCUGGGGACUGCUCAACAUCUACACGCCCUUUUAG